CUCGGUCUAUUUAACACAGCACCAUUUAUAUUUCCUGAGUUUUGCUUCAGGAGUUUUGUGAGUUCAGAACCUGCAUGCACUCUCAGAAUGAAUGGUAUUGUGUUGCUCAGUUGUACUGUUACAUUACUGGUAACAUUUGUGAGCACAGCAAGGUAUCCUUACCAGCAAGUCUUACAACACAGCAGGAUCAGAGGUAGACAGCAAGGACCCAAUGUAUGUGCAGUCCAGAAACUGGCAGGGACAAACAAGCAAUAUUACACAAAUUGUAAGCAGUGGUAUCAAAGAAAGAUUUGUGGCAAAGCAACUAUAAUAAGCUAUGAAUGCUGCCCAGGAUAUGAAAGAGUGCAAGGAGAAAGAGGCUGCCCAGCCGCCCUCCCACUGUCAAAUAUUUAUGAAACCUUGGGCAUUGUUGGAGCAGCUACUACUCAGUUAUAUUCAGACAGGGCUAAUUUAAGACCUGAAAUCGAAGGACCUGGAAGUUUCACUAUCUUUGCACCAAGCAACGAGGCGUGGGCUGCUUUACCUGCUGAAAUAUUAGAUGCUUUAGUGAGCAACGUUAACAUUGAGCUUCUGAAUGCUUUACGCUAUCAUAUGGUAGACAGACGUCUCCUUACAGAUGAACUGAGACAUGGAAUUACAUUACCUUCAAUGUAUCAAAACCUGGAUAUACAUGUGCAUCAUUAUCCCAAUGGGAUUGUCACUGUAAACUGUGCCAGACUGAUUAGGGCUGACCACCACGCUACUAAUGGUGUUGUUCACGUCAUUGACAAAGUAAUUACAGCAGUUACAAAUAACAUUGCCCAGGUUGUUGAUACUGAAGAUAACCUGGAAACAUUGCGGACUGCCAUAGCUGCCUCUGGACUCGAUACACUGCUUGAGACUGAAGACAAAGAGUACACACUUUUGGCUCCAACUAAUGAAGCUUUUGAAAAAAUUCCUCAGGAAACCUUGACACGCAUCCUAGGCGAUCCUGAAGCACUGAAAGAUUUGCUACAUCAUCACAUCUUAAAUAAUGCUCAGUGUUCUGAAGCCAUCAUUGCUGGAUCUUCUAUUGAGACCUUGGAGGGCUCAUCACUUGAAGUUGGUUGUCUUGGAGAUGAACUUACACUGAAUGGAAAAUCAAUUAUUUCUAAGAAGGAUGUUUUGGCCACUAAUGGCGUUGUUCAUUUUAUUGAUGAACUCUUAAUCCCAGAUGCAGCUAAAACCUUAACUGAGUUGGGUAAAGACUCUGAUGUUUCCACAUCGAUCGACCUCUUUACACUUGCUGGUCUAGGUUCUCAUCUUGCAGUAAAUGAACGUGUGACUGUUAUUGCUCCACACAACAAUGCAUUUAAAGAUGGCAUCCCUAUUGUUGAAAAAGACUUGACAAAUUUACUUCGGAAUCACAUUAUUAAAGAUCAGCUUUCUUCCAAAUAUCUUUAUCAUGGGCAAGUUCUAGAUACAGUUGGAGGAAAGAAACUUCGCGUUUUUGUAUACAGAAAUGCUCUUUGCAUUGAAAAUAGCUGUAUUGAUGCACAUGACAAAAAGGGAAGAUAUGGAACAUUGUUUGUGGUAGAUAAAUUGUUGACUCCACCAACAGGAAAUGUCAUGGAUGUUUUGAAGGCCGAUAAUCGUUUCAGCAAGUUGGUGGCUGCAAUCCAGACUGCUGGACUUACCGAGACUUUAAAUAGAGAAGGAUCAUUCACAGUUUUUGCUCCAACAGAUGAAGCAUUCAGUGCUCUUCCAAGAUCUGUACAAAGUAAUGCAAAAGAACUUUCCAAUCUCUUGAAAUAUCACAUUGCUGAUGAGAUAGUGGUCAGUGGAGCAGUUAGUCAACUUGUAAGACUAAAGUCAUUACAGGGGGAAAAACUUGAAGCCACUUCUAAAAAUAGUACUCUUCAAGUAAACAAGUCGCCGGUUUCUCAAGCAGAUAUAAUGGCAACAAAUGGUGUCAUUCAUGCUAUGAAUACAGUGCUGCAAGUGCCAACAAAAACUCCAGAACGAGGAGAUUUAUUAAAUCUUAGACAAGAAGCUGCAUAUGCCAAGGUCUACCAACGAAACGCCCGUUUAGCACACGGACAAUCCAAACAAGUACCCAGAAAACAGUGAUCAACAAAUUUUGACUAAAAAUAUACAAUCACCAUUUCUGCAUCUUUAAGCUUUUUAGCCAAAAAUAUCACUAUGCAACAUACCAUCAUUUUGGAUUAAAAUAAUAUUUGUAUGUAAAUGUAGAAACCUAGCUACCAUGACUAUCUGACUGUCUCCUUUGCUUGCUAUAUUUUUUUCUACAUACACAUAAUGAACUAAGAAAAUAUAUAUACACAUGUGUGUUAGCUAUAAAAUGUUUCUUUCUUGUAAUAAAAAAGAAAUCAGUCCAUACAUUUUUUUGAAAAUUCAGAAAAGAAA